AUGGCGCAAGCGGGCGAUAAUGACACUAGGCCGCUGCCUCCACUCACGCUUGCUAGUCAGGAUGGAAGCAACGAGGACAAGACCGUUGCGUUAGUGGCUACAUGUUCUUUCAUGAUAUCAUUGGCGCUAGGAUUUCGGCUGUUGGGCAUGUACUUGGCGAAGACCCGCCAACGACGUAAGCGACUUCGUCUUGUUCCUGGUUUUGGUAUAUACGUGCCAUUUCCAGUAGCAUUACACGCUUUAGACGUAAGCGUUUUUGUGGUGCUUUGGUAUGCGGUUAGUAUUGGUAUGACAUUAUUUAACAAGUGGUUCUUACGAGUCUGGGCGGGUAGCGGCUAUCCGUUCGCGACGACAAUGACGUGCAUCAACAUGUUUGUCAAGUGUUUACUAUCAAGAGUGAUUGAUCGAUGUCUUAGCAAUGAAAAUGGGUCAAUCAUGGCGCUUCCUUCUAACAUCUAUUGGAAGCUAGCAGUGCCAAUCGGUCUAUGCACUGCGUUGGAUAUUAUGCUAUCGAAUCUGUCGCUGUUUUACAUCACAGUGACAUUCUAUACAAUCGUAAAAUCAGGAGGCAAUGUAUGGAAUUUGCUCUUCUCUAUAUUGCUGGGCCAUCAACGCCCUUCCUGGCAUCUUUUUGGAGUGAUUUUGUUGAUCUCAAGUGGCAUUGGACUUGCUAGUUAUGGCUCUGCGCACUUUGUCCUAAACGGCUUUUUACUUGUAUUAGCAGCGUCAGUGAUUGGAACUUUAAGGUGGGUAUUGACCCAGUCAAUGCUGCAAGCAAUGGAAACUACCCAUGGGGCCUCAAGUAAUAAAGUACUGGCUGUUGUGUAUUACGUGUCGCCAGCAAGUGCGAUCGGACUCCUCCCGAUUGCGCUUGUUUCCGAAGGAAGCGACUAUGCGACGUCAAGGUUCAUGCUUGAUUCACAAUUGUUGUUCAUGUCACUAUUCUUUAUCUUCAUCAGUGGAUGUCUGGCGUUCGUUUUGAUAUUUAUUGAGAUAUUACUGGUCAAGAAAACAUCGGCGCUGUCUUUGGGAAUUGUGGGUAGUUUUAAAGACGUCACGCAAGUGCUGCUUGCCGUCUUUAUUUUUGGUGAUCAGCUCAUUGCCAUCAAUGUUUGCGGUCUCGUUGUGGCUACAUGCGGGAUGCUGUUAUAUACUUACAUCAAGCACAUAAUGGCAGAUGCAGCAGAGGAUGCAAGAAGUGCAAAGCUGAAGGGAUACGAGCGCCUUUCAACCUCCCAAUCUGAUGUAGAAGGUGGCAGUCAGAUUCAGCUCAAAGGUAGCAAUAUAUUAUCGAACAACGACGAUAUCCCAGAAUUUCACAUGAAGAAUGAGAGAAAAGACUUGACAUUAGGAACCAAGUCGCAUAGCUCUUUGUUAGGAAAUGAUUUGGUGCGGCGAGAGAGCAAGGACUUUGAUACCUCUCACGUAUGA